AUGAGCCGCGAGCCAGUGCCCUCGUCUUUCGACGAGAACCCGCAAUUCAGCGAAGAGACCGGCACGCAAAAGUUCACCCGACGUCUCAAGGAAGAACCACUAGUCCCACUAGGAUGUGCGGCCACAUGUUACGCCCUCUACCGGGCCUACCGAUCCAUGAAAUCCGGCGACUCCGUUGAAAUGAACCGCAUGUUCCGCGCCCGUAUCUACGCCCAAGCCUUCACACUGGUUGCCCUCGUCGCGGGCGGCAUGUACUUCAAGACGGAGCGACAACAGCGCCGAGAAUUCGACCAGGCGGUGGAACUCCGCAAGAAGCAAGAGAAGCGCGAUGCGUGGUUGCGGGAACUGGAGAUUCGGGACAAGGAGGAUCGCGAGUGGAGAGAACGUCAUGCUUCCAUUGAAGCGGCUGCGAAGGAGGCCGGGCACAGGGCGCAUAAUGAGCCUGAUGCGGCGCGGUCGUCCAUUGAGCCUGCGGAUGAGAAGACUGUUGGGGUUUUGGAUGCCGUUAAGGCCUUGGUGUCAGGGAACUGA